CUCAACAUAGAACCCAGCUGCCCUCCUGUAAUCAGCCUCUUCUACAAACAUCUAUUCCGCAGCCACCUGUUCCAAGAGAGCAUGCUGUCCUCCCCACGGUACCAAAUGGCUGCAGAAGCUGUCAUCGCUCUGGCCGCCCUGCUGAUCAUGGCUAUCUGUUGUCACAUUAUGUUUCACUUUGUCUGCACCCCCGGCCUAAUUAUCGCCACUGUGGCCGGCCUGCUGUUGCAGACAUUGAUCUUCUUGGAUGCCUUAACCAAUGUCUUGUGCUUGGAGGUAGUAUUCUAUGUGUUUCCAUUCAAAAUUUUACCAUACUUCAAUACUUUAUUUAGUCUUAAACAGUGCAUAAUGUAUGAUUGGCUUUUCCUCCAGUGUUCGAAAGGUUCUUUUAUUAUCCUUCCGUUUUGUAUAUUUUGUCUCCCAUUAACUUUUAGUCUGAGACCAUGUCAGCUAUGUGACUGGCUGUUUCCCAGGGUAAAAUGCGUCAUGCUUUUGAAUAUCACCCUCAACUGGUACUUCAGAAAUGCCUUAGGUGUCAUUGCGGCAACCAUUCCGUCACUGCUGGUAUACAUCAGUUUCUCCUGCGACCUUGUGGCCAGUUCCAGCUGGCAUGACCGCUUCUUCUGCUUCUGCAUCGUUGUUGCUCUGCUGCAGUACUGCAACUACAGCAUGCUCCGCUCUUUUGCUAAAACCAUUAUGGCAAUUCUGGUUGGGUCCGUCCUGAUAAUUUUGCUGUUUGUAAAUCUUUGCUCAUUCACUGGUAGCGACUUUGAGACCUCACCACAGCCUUCAGUGGGAUCCCUGUUUAACGUCAGCUACAACCUGACAAGUGCUGUACCUUCAGUUAAUAAUAGUCUCAUGUCAGAUCAUCUGUUCUCUGGACAAAAUCCACUUCGCUUUGAGAUUAUUCUGAGCACAGUGUUGCUGCUGCUCCUGGUCUCCAUCCUCAACUAUGAGUUUGAGAAUUCAUACCGUCUCAGCUUCAACGCAAGUGUCAAAGCCCAGUUGGAUAAACAAAACAUGCAGUUGAACAAGGAUCAAGCUGAUUGGCUGUUGCAUAACAUCAUACCUGCCCAUCUGGCAGAGCUCUUCAAAACCAAUCGGAGUUACUCACGUAACCAUCAAGAUGUAGGUGUUAUCUUUGCUACAAUUGUCAAUUUUAACGAAUUCUAUGAUGAGAUGUACGCCGGUGGUCGUGAGUAUCUCCGAGUGCUGAAUGAGCUGGUCAGUGACUACGAGGUGAUGUUAAGUGAGCCUCGGUUUAAAGAUGUGGAGAAGAUUAAAACCAUUAGUUCUACCUUUAUGGCAGCAUCUGGACUGAAUGAGGAGAGCCGGGCCAAGAAUAAACAUCCAUACGCCCACCUAUUUGCUCUUAUGGAGUUUGCAAUGGAGCUCCAGGUGGUGGUUGCCCGCUUCAAUGAGAGCAUAUUCAACUUCAACUUCGUCCUCAACAUUGGGUACAACUACGGGCCAGUGACAGCCGGUGUCAUUGGCACAACCAAGCUGCUCUACGACAUCUGGGGUGACGCUGUGAACAUUGCCAGCCGCAUGUACUCCACUGGCGAAGAUAACAGGAUCCAGGUUCCCCAAGCCACCGCUGACCUUCUGAGUGAGAUGUUUGAGUUCUCAUACAGGGAUGAGAUUGCGGUCAAGGGGAAGGGUGUAAUGAAGACUUACUUACUGGAGCGUAAGAAGCCGGGCGCUCACUGGGAGUAA